AGGGAGUUGUUGAACUGACAGUUACUGUAAUUUGAUCAAGCCCGCCCUUUCCAUUCAUUUCUUAAAAUUCAAAGACCCUAACUAACCCUUCAAGUAUAGCGCUACCUUAGUUUUGACUGAAAAACACACACACUCAAACUCUUCGUGCAUCACAGAAAAUAUAAGAAUAGGGAUGACUCUUGAAUAUGACGCCAAAUUGCUCUUGGUCCUGGUCAUACUCUGUUUUGAUGGUGUCAAAGCAGGUUCUAGCAUUACAUCACAUCACAGUGGAAGGAGCUCUCUCGUAUUCAAUGUCAACAACUUUGGUGCUCAAUCUAAUGGCAGAACCGACAAUAGCAAAGCCUUCAUUGCAGCAUGGAAAGAGGCAUGUAAGGCAACUGGUAAGGUAUACCUUGUGAUUCCAAAAGGAACAUACUUGAUAGGCCCUGUCAGAUUCGCAGGCCCCUGCAGAAAUGUAUCCUCACUAACUAUCCGUCUGAAGGGUCACUUGAAGGCUACCGCAAACUUAUCCAGUUACGAAUUCAAUGCUGGUUGGGUCGAGUUUGCAUGGUUAGAGGGGUUAACAUUGACCGGAGGAGGAACCUUUGAUGGCCAAGGUUCCAAAGCCUGGCCUCACAAUAACUGCCCCACUAACUCCAAUUGCAAACUCCUUCCAACGAAUGUGAAGUUUGUGGCAAUGAAUAAGACGGUGGUUCGAGGCAUAACUUCAGUGAAUAGCAAGUUCUUCCACAUAGCUCUUGUGGAGUGCAAGAACUUCAAAGGUACUAAGAUCCAAAUAUCUGCACCUGGAAACAGUCCCAAUACUGAUGGAAUUCACAUAGAGCGAAGCUCUGGCAUCUAUAUUUCUCAAUCAUCUAUAGGUACUGGUGAUGACUGCGUCUCAAUUGGACAAGGCAAUUCGCAGGUCACUAUCAGUCAAAUUAGUUGUGGCCCCGGUCAUGGCAUCAGUGUUGGAAGCUUGGGAAGAUACCGAAAUGAAGGGGACGUGAGAGGAUUGAUUGUUAGAGAUUGCAGGAUGAGUGGAACCAUGAAUGGCAUCAGAAUCAAAACAUGGGCUGAUUCACCUGGUAGCAGUGCAGCCACCAAUAUGACAUUUGAAAAUAUCGUAAUGAACAAUGUAACCAAUCCGAUCAUAAUCGAUCAGGCCUAUUGCCCAUUCUCUUCUUGCAGUUCCCAGGAACCUUCAAAGGUGAAGCUGAGUGAAAUAUAUUUCAGGAAAAUAAGAGGAACGUCGUCCUCUCCAGUAGCAGUGUCACUGGAAUGUAGCAGGGGAAUCCCAUGCCAGCAUAUUUACCUUGAAGAUGUCCAUCUGGAGUACUCAUCAGGGGAGAAACAUGCCACUUCCUCCUGUAAAAAUGUCAAAGCUAAAUACAUAGGCACUCAAAUUCCACCACCAUGUGCUUAGGAUUGAUUUUAAUACGAAAGAAUGUGUUGUGUUUUGGAUAACAUUUUGACUGAAAUUCUCACGCAUGACAGGAGCACCGAUUGUUUAAAUCGUACCAAGCUUAUCACUGUUAUCCAUGGUUUUCGC